UGUCACUGCUGCUCUGCAUCUAACAGCGCAUAAGCACAUCAGCGGCUAUUUGUUCACACCUGUCGUCUUGCGGAUUUGUUUGGUACGCGAUGCAAUCGAGAACCACUCGAGGGGAAUGGCACUUGAUUUUGGUCCAUUGGAGUGCACCCUUGACCGUGAACUGUCUUCGGAAUCUGUGGUGCUUUGCUCCUGGUGGUUGUGUCAUAGCCACAUCUGUUCUCAUCGGCAUCACUCCUGUUUUG